AAGAUUCAACAAUAUAUCAGUUAUUCAACUAAUUAUAUCCGGCAAUGAUUCUUCCGGGGAUCACGCUUAUAGUGAGUCCUUUGGUUUCUUUGAUGAUCGAUCAGUUGAAGCAUUUGCCUUCAAUUAUUAAGGGUGGUCUCUUGAGCAGUAGCCAGGUUGUUGCAACUGUGGCAUUCGGCAUGGGACUUGACAAGGGAGAUGUUGGAGCUGUAAUCCACUUCAGCGUGCCAGGCAGUGUGGAAGAAUACGUUCAGGCUAUGCAAAAGAUUUUUGACACAAUUGGAGCUGGGGGAAGUGCAAUACCUACGUAUGCUUCCACAACUCAACAUAUGUUGCACUUUGAAUUUCCACAAGUCUUCUCCAAACACUCUGGCUGCACGAAAUACCAUAGUUGCAGCAAUUCUGAAGAAGUCUCACGUAAAGCAAGGGUUACAUGUCUUCAAUAUACCCAGCUAUGGCCUCUAGCAUAUGUAUUGCAACAGCAGAUGUCUUGGCUGAGAUUCAACUCUGAAGCUGUGGCUGCUAUUAGUGUCUCUAACACUUCAGAACUGAGUUCUGGUGCCAAGCAAACUCUGAACCUGCAAAGCAGAAUUUUGGAUUACUUCAAUGGUGACGAAAAGUGUGACACUCUGAGCAAGACGACUCAAAAUUGGUCUCAUAACUUCCGCCCUUCAUACAUGAGACUCAAGGCAUCAAUGCUGUUUUCUGAACUCAAGGCAGAAUGCAUUCUCGCGAUGACUGCAACGGCCACUACAAUUACUCUUCAGGCUGUCAUGUCUGCACUAGAGAUACCGUCAACCAAUCUUAUUCAAAAGUCACAACUGAUAGACAAUUUUGAGUUGUCCGUCUCGUUGACUUCCUCCUAUAAAAUGUCAGAAACUGAAGAUGACCAGCUUAUCAAGAAGCUUCGUGAGUUCGACAAGCACCUGGAUGAUUCUACAGACAAGGAACAGAAUGUUCAAGACUAUGAAGGGAUUAUUGAGUUGUCUAAGGCGAACAUCAAGACCAAGAAGCUUGGAGCUCAGCUGAUUCCACGCUACUUCAAGUUCUUCCCCAGUCUCAAAAUAGAAGCUUUCGAGGCGUACUUGGAUAUAAUCCAAGAAGUGAAUACAGAGUGCCUAACAGGGUAUGUAACUGAAGAAGAAUUCGAAACGUUCAUGGAUUUCUGGAACAGUUUGAGUACAUUGGAAGAGAAAGAUGGAAUGCAAAAAGUUGUAGAAAUUCUUGAACAAGUGGCAAAUUUGCAUUCACCAUUGAAGGUUUUAGAUCCACAUCAUAUUGACAGGUUUAUAUCAUGCCUGCAAACGGCUCUUCCAUUCUAUGCGAAAGGUGCUCAAGGUAGCCAUCGCAAUUUUGCUUACUACUUGAACAAGAAUAUCAUGCCUGUUUUUGACCAGCUGCCAGAGGCAAAGUUGAAGAAGCUUAAUUUGCUCAGAGCUGUUGCUAAGAGGUUGCUAUACCCAACAGAUCAGGAAGCACGUCAGAUGCUUGAGCAAGAUGUGAACCGGGUGAAGAAAGCCUCUGACAGACCUGAUUCGCUUAAUCUCCUUCCAGAUGAUUGUAAGGAAUUGCUAAACGAGCGGGGAACCUGCCACCUUAACGAGGAACAUGCUAGUUUGCUUGUUGAUUUACAGAAACUUAGAGAUGCAAAACAUGAAGGUCCCUUUAUAUUAAAUGAUAAUAACCAUGUCGCUCAGCUCUGUUGCCGGAUGAAAGAAUCGGAAUUAUUACCAUUCAUGCGGCUACUUGGUACUCCAUGGAUACCCAUAUUGGGUGAAGUUCGAGAUCAGUUAUCUCAUCUUCUGUGCUGGGCAUAUGCGAGCUCGGAUCAAUUUAAUGGUGUGAGGAUAUUACACAAUUUGGAAAAGAGGUCUUCUCCACCGCUCUGCACUUGGUAUUUGUGUUGCUAUUGUAAUCCAGAAGAGCUUCAAAGACGUGCAAAUAUUGAGGAACAGCAUCACUGUUAUGGAUUCACGAUUGAAAUGGCCUUACUCCAUAUCAAAACAUAUGGAAUUCCCCGAGAAUUGGUUAAAGUGUUUGACUGCAAAGUUCAUCAGCCAUCGAGCGUCGUUUGUGAUAUUCUCAUGAAGAAAAGAACUCUAAAGAAUGUCCGAAGAAUCAACACACUGGAAGAGGCUUUGCAAGAGCUUCAGUGGCAGCCGAUUGGAGCCGAUGUAGCUCAUUACAAAGGAAUGGGUGAACAAGGAAGGGCUGUUUAUUAUGGUCCCGCCGAUAUACGGAUCCCUGACCCUUACUUUGUUGGAUAUCACUCCGUAAUUAUAGCCGGUCUAGACGUAAUUAAUGGUGAACUCGUGGCUGUAUGCAAAGAUAGUCACGGGGAUCUUCAAGGUGAUGAUGGAUAUAUUUAUGUAUCCCUCUCCACUUUGUAUAUUCCCGUGGGUGUAGAUAUAGAAGGGAAAAAGUUGGUUCGAGGCUACUCUGAGUUCAUGCACCUUCUAACCAAUUUUGUCGCCAUAGAUAUGGAUGUGAAUGAGGAUGAAGAUGAGAAAGGAGAUGCGGGAAAGGACGAAGAAGCAAGAGAAGAAGAGGAACCAAAAGAGGAGGAAAUAGAAGAUGACCCUUCAUAUGUAGAAUAUGAACCUGUUGCUAAACGCCGGAGGGCGUCUACUGGUGGUUUUAGUUCUUCUGUUGUUGCAGCAAAAGAGCACGCUAUAGCACAGGACAGAAAGCCAAAGAAGGGGAGAAAGGAAUUCACACAGCAUGGAAGUGGUUCUGGGAAUUCAAAGGACAAGCCCCAGAUUUCUGAGAAGGCGAAAGCACCUCUUGGUGGAGAAAGUGAGGGUCAAAAACGAGAUGAAUUCGAGGUGAGGGAGAACAUGUUAAACCGCUCGGGUUCACAGACACACAAACUUAAUGCAGAAGAGUUGCCAGAAUCAAACGAAGAGUAGUGAGGCUUUAGCUUGGCCCUUGUCUUCCUCUUAAUACUACUUUUCUAAAACCAAUUUGGAAUCAAUCUUUUGUUUUGUUGGAGACAGCUACUCUCUAUUUCCCAGAUAACUUCUAAGUAUUGAUAUAACUUUUGCAAGAAGGGGAACAUUUUGUCAAUCUGGUCAUUUUAUCUCUUUAUCCAUCCAUAGAAAUUCAGUUUCUUUGAUGAUCGAUCAGUUGAAGCAUUUGCCUUCAAUUAUUAAGGGUGGUCUCUUGAUCAGUAGCCAGGUGUGUGCCACAAAUUGUUGUUUGUAUCUCCCGAGAGACUUGUGAAUGUGGAAUUUUUGUCAAUGUUUCGCAUGUCAUUAUCUGUGUCACUUGUUGUUGUGGAUGAGGCACACUUCGUAUCAGAAUGGUGAGCUUCUUGGCAGCUGGUAGGCCCAUUAGAAACUAUGUGUUUCUCUGCUGACUGUAGUAUCUACUGCUUUUCCUUGUUCUGUUUGUCUUGGUUAUUAAGAGCUAUUAUGAAACCUUCCGCCCUUCAUAUAUGAGACUCAAGGCAUCAAUGCGGUUUUGCUGAACUCAAGGCAGAAUGCAUUCUCGCGAUGACUGCAACGGCCACUACAAUGACUCUUU